GGGCAGCUCCCGCGGGCGGGGCUCGGGCCCAGACCAGAAGCUGCUGCUGACUUCGUGUGAGCCGGGAGCCCGGGGCUGAGCAGCUGCUGCCCCCCCUGGGGUCCGUGCUGGGGGGCCGCCAUUAACCCCUCCGUGCCCGGCCCGCGGGGGGGGCUUUCCGCAGCUGGGACCGGGCCUUGGGCCGGGGCCUGCAGGCUACAGAACAUCAUCCAGGUUUCGCACCAGAUCAUCCCAUCCUCCCAGGGGGAGAGAAAUGGCUGCAGUGGAGCUGGCUCAGGGGCUGGUGACUUUCGAGGAGGUGGCUGUGUAUUUCACCCAGGGGGAAUGGGCUCUGCUGGACCCCAUUCAGAGAGCCCUCUACAGAGACGUAAUGCAGGAAAACUAUGAGACAGUGGUCUUUCUGGGGUUUCUAGUUUCCAAACCUGAUGUAAUCUCACAGCUGGAACAAGGGGAAGAGCUGUGGGUCCCAGAUCUCCAGGGCUCUGAGAAAGAAGUGCUCCCAAGAGCUGCCUGCACAGGAAGUGACCUAUGUCUGGAUCCUCUCUCUCUCCCACUGGGUGAUGGGAAGGUGAGUGAGAACGAGGAGAAACCCUGGCAGGAAGAUGCUGAGAAAAUAGAAGCACAUGGGAUGUUAUCAGGAAAAUGCAAAGGGAAUGUUUCUGGAAGUUGUGCACUCCCAGAAAAAGCAAAAGCCUGUGAGAGUCAGCACAGGCCAGAGGAAGACUUCAGUAGCCACUCAGACCUUAUUAAAUGUGAGAGAAUUAACUUGGAAGAGACAUGCUACACAUGCCAUGUGUGUGGGAAAAGCUUCAAUGUGAGCUCUGACCUUCUCACACAUCAGAGAAUCCACAGAGGAGAGAAACCCUACACGUGCUCUGAGUGUGGGAAAAGCUUCAGUUAUAACUCACACCUUAUUAUACAUCAGAGAAUCCACACUGGAGAGACACCCUACACGUGCUCUGAGUGUGGGAAAAGCUUCAGUCAGAGCUCAAACCUUAUCACACAUUACAGAAUCCACACUGGCAUGUCACCUUACAGAUGUUCUGAGUGUGGGAAAAGCUUCAGUCAUAGCUCAGCCCUUAUUAGACACCAGGGAAUCCACACCGCAGGGAGACCCUACACAUGCUCUGAGUGUGGGAAGACCUUCAGGCUUAGCUCAGCCCUUACCAUACAUUGGAAAAUCCACAGUGGAGAGACACCCUACACAUGCAAUAACUGCGGGAAAAGCUUCAGUCAUAGCUCAGCCCUUAUUAGACACCGGAGAAUCCACACAGGUGAGAUGCCCUACACGUGCUCUGAGUGUAGGAAACCUUUCAGGCACAGCUCAGCCCUUACCAUACAUUGGAGAAUCCACAGUGGAGAGAGACCCUACACAUGCAAUAACUGUGGGAAAAGCUUCAGGCAUAGCUCAGCCCUUAUUAGACAUCAGAAAAUCCACAUGGACGAGAACUGUAACAAAUGCCUUGACUAGGGCUGGCCAAAGUGUUGUUUUGUUUUGUUUUGUUUUGUUUUUAAAUCACAUUUGCUAAUUCCCACAUAGUGAUCUUUGCAUCAUCAUCACCGUGAUCUCUCAGCUUCCCCGGAUGAGUUGCCUGCUUCUGCCUUUUGCAGCUCACCCUUCUUUGGGGUCCUGUGAUCUUUUCUAUCAACUCCUUUCCUUUUGAGUCUUAGGAGUGUGUGUCCCUCCAGCCAGGAAUGUUCAUCAGCUCCAGGUGGGAGAGAGACGUUUGAUCCCAACAAGCUACACUGAGGCAAAAACUACCUGUGCCUUACAUCCACUAGGACUGUGCUUGGUGUUGGUUGCUUAAGUUAGUGAUCUUGGUAUAAAACCACAACUAGAGUUGCAGUGCAUAUGUAGCCUAGUUGCUGCUGUUCGCAUUAGCUUUCCCCUUGACCUGACCUAAACUCCAUCACUUCUCCUAGUCUAAAAACAAACCCUGAGCAUCACAGUUAUACUGUUCCCCCAUUUCAAAGCAAUUGUUAGUCAUAAGGUUCCCCCCUUUGGGAAUAAAUUGUCUCAUUCCCAGUUGCUCUGAUAUUGCUUCAGGUUAGGCUGGAGAGCAGAUAUUUUUACUACCAUUUUCCUCACUUAAAAUAUAUUGAACUAUAACAAAGAGCAGGAACAGAGCAGGGAUAGGAAAAAAUGUCAUUUCACCCUCUAUAACAACAGAAGAAUAUAUGGUAAGUCAGGGAUUUCCUUAUUCCCCAUCACCAUCCCAAUCUCCCUGUUGUGCAAUUGGUUAGGUCAAUAUUUUUUCUAAGGGCUGGGAAGAGGAUUCCCUAGUAAGUGACUUGCAGGUAAGUAAAAUACCCAUGCAUCUGGCUCCCAAAGCAGUUGUGGCCCAGACUCUGCAGGACGUCACUCCUGAAGAUAUCUCCAUCCUAAUAAGGUGCAUGUUGCCUGUUAUUUGGGAAAUGCAAUCCCUAGCUAGGUAGAGAUGGGGAAAGUGGAAGUGACAUUUCUGUUCCGCUCACCCCUGGGAGAUGCUGCAAACGUGUAGAAAAUGAAAUCCGUGUUGAAUGUGAUAGAGCUGCCGAAAGAUACCUAUUGUUAAUAGAUACCUGACAUUUGGUAUCUUACAGGGAUUCUAAGAUGCACCUGAAUUUAGUCCCUAAUUUAAAUGUGUGCCACCAGAUUAAAGAAAUAAAAGGCAUAUUUGGGGGAGUUGUACCUCACUAUCGCUACUGAUAUUUUGUGUGGUUGGUGAAAAAUUCUGUGCGAGAGAAGUGUAAAAUUACUCCAAGUAAGGUCAAAGAUUUGACAAGAACUCAGGUAGAAAUUGCAGAUACGAGUGGUUGAUAUUCACCCCAGAGAUGGACGCUAUGGUGACCUGUGGCCCAGGUAAACUAUUUUUAGAAUGCUGCUCCCUAGUUAAGUGGCAUUGCUCACGGUCCUAAAGGAUGCCAUAAUUAAAUUGGAAACAAUUGUCCUUUACCAUUUGGAUCCAAAGUUUCAUGAAGCACAGAGAGAAACAGCUGAUUCCUUCAGAGCCAUUCUAUGCCUAUGGGUCCCAAUCUGGCUGCCUUGUUGGACAAAAGCACUUCCAUGCUGCGCAAAUGAGGGAAUGUAUCAGAUUCCAAGUUCAGACUGCAGGAUACAUGAAUGCUGAGUCCUGACUCUGGAGUUUGGUCUCUGAGGCUACAUCUACACUACAGCCGGUAUCAACACUUUGAGAUCCAUCCUCCAUUUGUCUAUUUAGCGGGUCUGGUGAAGACCCACCAAAUCAACAGCAGAUCGCACUCCAAUUGACCCCUGUAAUCUACCCCCAACUAGAAAAGUAAGGUAAGUCAACAGGAGAGUUUCUCUUGUCAACUCCCUGCGGUGUAGACCCCACGGUAACUCGACCUAAGGUAUGUCACGUAGCUGGAGUUGUGUAGCGUAGGUCGACUUUCUGCAGGAAUGUGGACAUAGCCUAAAUAUUGCUCUUCAAUCUAACACAUUUGUAUCAUUUCUCCUCCUCCUGCUACUUUGAAAGAUUAGAAAGUGUGAAAAUAGAGCACAGGUGGGUUUUCUCAUGAUGCAAUCUUCCCACAUAGUGUGAGACCCCUUCCACCCACACUUCUGGGAGAAGACCCGGGGAGAAAUGAACUCACAGAAAUGGAAGGCUCCUAGGUUAUUGUAGAAUGUGACUUCAC